AUGGGCACGGGCAUGGGUGACCUGCUGGAUGAGCUGCUCAAGGCGCUGCCAUCGCAGGAGGUGAGGCACGGGCACCUGGUGAAUGAGGAGGGAGGUGAUUGUGAGGCAAGAGCAAGGGCAAGCACGGGCACGGGCAUGGGUGACCUGCUGGAUGAGCUGCUCAAGGCGCUGCCAUCGCAGGAGGUGAGGCACGGGCACCUGGUGAAUGAGGAGGGAGGUGAUUGUGAGGCAAGAGCAAGGGCAAGCACGGGCACGGGCAUGGGUGACCUGCUGGAUGAGCUGCUCAAGGCGCUGCCAUCGCAGGAGGUGAGGCACGGGCACCUGGUGAAUGAGGAGGGAGGUGAUUGUGAGGCAAGAGCAAGGGCAAGCACGGGCACGGGCAUGGGUGACCUGCUGGAUGAGCUGCUCAAGGCGCUGCCAUCGCAGGAGGUGAGGCACGGGCACCUGGUGAAUGAGGAGGGAGGUGAUUGUGAGGCAAGAGCAAGGGCAAGCACGGGCACGGGCAUGGGUGACCUGCUGGAUGAGCUGCUCAAGGCGCUGCCAUCGCAGGAGGUGAGGCACGGGCACCUGGUGAAUGAGGAGGGAGGUGAUUGUGAGGCAAGAGCAAGGGCAAGCACGGGCACGGGCAUGGGUGACCUGCUGGAUGAGCUGCUCAAGGCGCUGCCAUCGCAGGAGGUGAGGCACGGGCACCUGGUGAAUGAGGAGGGAGGUGAUUGUGAGGCAAGAGCAAGGGCAAGCACGGGCACGGGCAUGGGUGACCUGCUGGAUGAGCUGCUCAAGGCGCUGCCAUCGCAGGAGGUGAGGCACGGGCACCUGGUGAAUGAGGAGGGAGGUGAUUGUGAGGCAAGAGCAAGGGCAAGCACGGGCACGGGCAUGGGUGACCUGCUGGAUGAGCUGCUCAAGGCGCUGCCAUCGCAGGAGGUGAGGCACGGGCACCUGGUGAAUGAGGAGGGAGGUGAUUGUGAGGCAAGAGCAAGGGCAAGCACGGGCACGGGCAUGGGUGACCUGCUGGAUGAGCUGCUCAAGGCGCUGCCAUCGCAGGAGGUGAGGCACGGGCACCUGGUGAAUGAGGAGGGAGGUGAUUGUGAGGCAAGAGCAAGGGCAAGCACGGGCACGGGCAUGGGUGACCUGCUGGAUGAGCUGCUCAAGGCGCUGCCAUCGCAGGAGGUGAGGCACGGGCACCUGGUGAAUGAGGAGGGAGGUGAUUGUGAGGCAAGAGCAAGGGCAAGCACGGGCACGGGCAUGGGUGACCUGCUGGAUGAGCUGCUCAAGGCGCUGCCAUCGCAGGAGGUGAGGCACGGGCACCUGGUGAAUGAGGAGGGAGGUGAUUGUGAGGCAAGAGCAAGGGCAAGCACGGGCACGGGCAUGGGUGACCUGCUGGAUGAGCUGCUCAAGGCGCUGCCAUCGCAGGAGGUGAGGCACGGGCACCUGGUGAAUGAGGAGGGAGGUGAUUGUGAGGCAAGAGCAAGGGCAAGCACGGGCACGGGCAUGGGUGACCUGCUGGAUGAGCUGCUCAAGGCGCUGCCAUCGCAGGAGGUGAGGCACGGGCACCUGGUGAAUGAGGAGGGAGGUGAUUGUGAGGCAAGAGCAAGGGCAAGCACGGGCACGGGCAUGGGUGACCUGCUGGAUGAGCUGCUCAAGGCGCUGCCAUCGCAGGAGGUGAGGCACGGGCACCUGGUGAAUGAGGAGGGAGGUGAUUGUGAGGCAAGAGCAAGGGCAAGCACGGGCACGGGCAUGGGUGACCUGCUGGAUGAGCUGCUCAAGGCGCUGCCAUCGCAGGAGGUGAGGCACGGGCACCUGGUGAAUGAGGAGGGAGGUGAUUGUGAGGCAAGAGCAAGGGCAAGCACGGGCACGGGCAUGGGUGACCUGCUGGAUGAGCUGCUCAAGGCGCUGCCAUCGCAGGAGGUGAGGCACGGGCACCUGGUGAAUGAGGAGGGAGGUGAUUGUGAGGCAAGAGCAAGGGCAAGCACGGGCACGGGCAUGGGUGACCUGCUGGAUGAGCUGCUCAAGGCGCUGCCAUCGCAGGAGGUGAGGCACGGGCACCUGGUGAAUGAGGAGGGAGGUGAUUGUGAGGCAAGAGCAAGGGCAAGCACGGGCACGGGCAUGGGUGACCUGCUGGAUGAGCUGCUCAAGGCGCUGCCAUCGCAGGAGGUGAGGCACGGGCACCUGGUGAAUGAGGAGGGAGGUGAUUGUGAGGCAAGAGCAAGGGCAAGCACGGGCACGGGCAUGGGUGACCUGCUGGAUGAGCUGCUCAAGGCGCUGCCAUCGCAGGAGGUGAGGCACGGGCACCUGGUGAAUGAGGAGGGAGGUGAUUGUGAGGCAAGAGCAAGGGCAAGCACGGGCACGGGCAUGGGUGACCUGCUGGAUGAGCUGCUCAAGGCGCUGCCAUCGCAGGAGGUGAGGCACGGGCACCUGGUGAAUGAGGAGGGAGGUGAUUGUGAGGCAAGAGCAAGGGCAAGCACGGGCACGGGCAUGGGUGACCUGCUGGAUGAGCUGCUCAAGGCGCUGCCAUCGCAGGAGGUGAGGCACGGGCACCUGGUGAAUGAGGAGGGAGGUGAUUGUGAGGCAAGAGCAAGGGCAAGCACGGGCACGGGCAUGGGUGACCUGCUGGAUGAGCUGCUCAAGGCGCUGCCAUCGCAGGAGGUGAGGCACGGGCACCUGGUGAAUGAGGAGGGAGGUGAUUGUGAGGCAAGAGCAAGGGCAAGCACGGGCACGGGCAUGGGUGACCUGCUGGAUGAGCUGCUCAAGGCGCUGCCAUCGCAGGAGGUGAGGCACGGGCACCUGGUGAAUGAGGAGGGAGGUGAUUGUGAGGCAAGAGCAAGGGCAAGCACGGGCACGGGCAUGGGUGACCUGCUGGAUGAGCUGCUCAAGGCGCUGCCAUCGCAGGAGGUGAGGCACGGGCACCUGGUGAAUGAGGAGGGAGGUGAUUGUGAGGCAAGAGCAAGGGCAAGCACGGGCACGGGCAUGGGUGACCUGCUGGAUGAGCUGCUCAAGGCGCUGCCAUCGCAGGAGGUGAGGCACGGGCACCUGGUGAAUGAGGAGGGAGGUGAUUGUGAGGCAAGAGCAAGGGCAAGCACGGGCACGGGCAUGGGUGACCUGCUGGAUGAGCUGCUCAAGGCGCUGCCAUCGCAGGAGGUGAGGCACGGGCACCUGGUGAAUGAGGAGGGAGGUGAUUGUGAGGCAAGAGCAAGGGCAAGCACGGGCACGGGCAUGGGUGACCUGCUGGAUGAGCUGCUCAAGGCGCUGCCAUCGCAGGAGGUGAGGCACGGGCACCUGGUGAAUGAGGAGGGAGGUGAUUGUGAGGCAAGAGCAAGGGCAAGCACGGGCACGGGCAUGGGUGACCUGCUGGAUGAGCUGCUCAAGGCGCUGCCAUCGCAGGAGGUGAGGCACGGGCACCUGGUGAAUGAGGAGGGAGGUGAUUGUGAGGCAAGAGCAAGGGCAAGCACGGGCACGGGCAUGGGUGACCUGCUGGAUGAGCUGCUCAAGGCGCUGCCAUCGCAGGAGGUGAGGCACGGGCACCUGGUGAAUGAGGAGGGAGGUGAUUGUGAGGCAAGAGCAAGGGCAAGCACGGGCACGGGCAUGGGUGACCUGCUGGAUGAGCUGCUCAAGGCGCUGCCAUCGCAGGAGGUGAGGCACGGGCACCUGGUGAAUGAGGAGGGAGGUGAUUGUGAGGCAAGAGCAAGGGCAAGCACGGGCACGGGCAUGGGUGACCUGCUGGAUGAGCUGCUCAAGGCGCUGCCAUCGCAGGAGGUGAGGCACGGGCACCUGGUGAAUGAGGAGGGAGGUGAUUGUGAGGCAAGAGCAAGGGCAAGCACGGGCACGGGCAUGGGUGACCUGCUGGAUGAGCUGCUCAAGGCGCUGCCAUCGCAGGAGGUGAGGCACGGGCACCUGGUGAAUGAGGAGGGAGGUGAUUGUGAGGCAAGAGCAAGGGCAAGCACGGGCACGGGCAUGGGUGACCUGCUGGAUGAGCUGCUCAAGGCGCUGCCAUCGCAGGAGGUGAGGCACGGGCACCUGGUGAAUGAGGAGGGAGGUGAUUGUGAGGCAAGAGCAAGGGCAAGCACGGGCACGGGCAUGGGUGACCUGCUGGAUGAGCUGCUCAAGGCGCUGCCAUCGCAGGAGGUGAGGCACGGGCACCUGGUGAAUGAGGAGGGAGGUGAUUGUGAGGCAAGAGCAAGGGCAAGCACGGGCACGGGCAUGGGUGACCUGCUGGAUGAGCUGCUCAAGGCGCUGCCAUCGCAGGAGGUGAGGCACGGGCACCUGGUGAAUGAGGAGGGAGGUGAUUGUGAGGCAAGAGCAAGGGCAAGCACGGGCACGGGCAUGGGUGACCUGCUGGAUGAGCUGCUCAAGGCGCUGCCAUCGCAGGAGGUGAGGCACGGGCACCUGGUGAAUGAGGAGGGAGGUGAUUGUGAGGCAAGAGCAAGGGCAAGCACGGGCACGGGCAUGGGUGACCUGCUGGAUGAGCUGCUCAAGGCGCUGCCAUCGCAGGAGGUGAGGCACGGGCACCUGGUGAAUGAGGAGGGAGGUGAUUGUGAGGCAAGAGCAAGGGCAAGCACGGGCACGGGCAUGGGUGACCUGCUGGAUGAGCUGCUCAAGGCGCUGCCAUCGCAGGAGGUGAGGCACGGGCACCUGGUGAAUGAGGAGGGAGGUGAUUGUGAGGCAAGAGCAAGGGCAAGCACGGGCACGGGCAUGGGUGACCUGCUGGAUGAGCUGCUCAAGGCGCUGCCAUCGCAGGAGGUGAGGCACGGGCACCUGGUGAAUGAGGAGGGAGGUGAUUGUGAGGCAAGAGCAAGGGCAAGCACGGGCACGGGCAUGGGUGACCUGCUGGAUGAGCUGCUCAAGGCGCUGCCAUCGCAGGAGGUGAGGCACGGGCACCUGGUGAAUGAGGAGGGAGGUGAUUGUGAGGCAAGAGCAAGGGCAAGCACGGGCACGGGCAUGGGUGACCUGCUGGAUGAGCUGCUCAAGGCGCUGCCAUCGCAGGAGGUGAGGCACGGGCACCUGGUGAAUGAGGAGGGAGGUGAUUGUGAGGCAAGAGCAAGGGCAAGCACGGGCACGGGCAUGGGUGACCUGCUGGAUGAGCUGCUCAAGGCGCUGCCAUCGCAGGAGGUGAGGCACGGGCACCUGGUGAAUGAGGAGGGAGGUGAUUGUGAGGCAAGAGCAAGGGCAAGCACGGGCACGGGCAUGGGUGACCUGCUGGAUGAGCUGCUCAAGGCGCUGCCAUCGCAGGAGGUGAGGCACGGGCACCUGGUGAAUGAGGAGGGAGGUGAUUGUGAGGCAAGAGCAAGGGCAAGCACGGGCACGGGCAUGGGUGACCUGCUGGAUGAGCUGCUCAAGGCGCUGCCAUCGCAGGAGGUGAGGCACGGGCACCUGGUGAAUGAGGAGGGAGGUGAUUGUGAGGCAAGAGCAAGGGCAAGCACGGGCACGGGCAUGGGUGACCUGCUGGAUGAGCUGCUCAAGGCGCUGCCAUCGCAGGAGGUGAGGCACGGGCACCUGGUGAAUGAGGAGGGAGGUGAUUGUGAGGCAAGAGCAAGGGCAAGCACGGGCACGGGCAUGGGUGACCUGCUGGAUGAGCUGCUCAAGGCGCUGCCAUCGCAGGAGGUGAGGCACGGGCACCUGGUGAAUGAGGAGGGAGGUGAUUGUGAGGCAAGAGCAAGGGCAAGCACGGGCACGGGCAUGGGUGACCUGCUGGAUGAGCUGCUCAAGGCGCUGCCAUCGCAGGAGGUGAGGCACGGGCACCUGGUGAAUGAGGAGGGAGGUGAUUGUGAGGCAAGAGCAAGGGCAAGCACGGGCACGGGCAUGGGUGACCUGCUGGAUGAGCUGCUCAAGGCGCUGCCAUCGCAGGAGGUGAGGCACGGGCACCUGGUGAAUGAGGAGGGAGGUGAUUGUGAGGCAAGAGCAAGGGCAAGCACGGGCACGGGCAUGGGUGACCUGCUGGAUGAGCUGCUCAAGGCGCUGCCAUCGCAGGAGGUGAGGCACGGGCACCUGGUGAAUGAGGAGGGAGGUGAUUGUGAGGCAAGAGCAAGGGCAAGCACGGGCGCGGGCAUGGGUGACCUGCUGGAUGAGCUGCUCAAGGCGCUGCCAUCGCAGGAGGUGAGGCACGGGCACCUGGUGAAUGAGGAGGGAGGUGAUUGUGAGGCAAGAGCAAGGGCAAGCACGGGCACGGGCAUGGGUGACCUGCUGGAUGAGCUGCUCAAGGCGCUGCCAUCGCAGGAGGUGAGGCACGGGCACCUGGUGAAUGAGGAGGGAGGUGAUUGUGAGGCAAGAGCAAGGGCAAGCACGGGCACGGGCAUGGAUGACCUGCUGGAUGAGCUGCUCAAGGCGCUGCCAUCGCAGGAGGUGAGGCACGGGCACCUGGUGAAUGAGGAGGGAGGUGAUUGUGAGGCAAGAGCAAGGGCAAGCACGGGCGCGGGCAUGGGUGACCUGCUGGAUGAGCUGCUCAAGGCGCUGCCAUCGCAGGAGGUGAGGCACGGGCACCUGGUGAAUGAGGAGGGAGGUGAUUGUGAGGCAAGAGCAAGGGCAAGCACGGGCACGGGCAUGGGUGACCUGCUGGAUGAGCUGCUCAAGGCGCUGCCAUCGCAGGAGGUGAGGCACGGGCACCUGGUGAAUGAGGAGGGAGGUGAUUGUGAGGCAAGAGCAAGGGCAAGCACGGGCACGGGCAUGGGUGACCUGCUGGAUGAGCUGCUCAAGGCGCUGCCAUCGCAGGAGGUGAGGCACGGGCACCUGGUGAAUGAGGAGGGAGGUGAUUGUGAGGCAAGAGCAAGGGCAAGCACGGGCACGGGCAUGGGUGACCUGCUGGAUGAGCUGCUCAAGGCGCUGCCAUCGCAGGAGGUGAGGCACGGGCACCUGGUGAAUGAGGAGGGAGGUGAUUGUGAGGCAAGAGCAAGGGCAAGCACGGGCACGGGCAUGGGUGACCUGCUGGAUGAGCUGCUCAAGGCGCUGCCAUCGCAGGAGGUGAGGCACGGGCACCUGGUGAAUGAGGAGGGAGGUGAUUGUGAGGCAAGAGCAAGGGCAAGCACGGGCACGGGCAUGGGUGACCUGCUGGAUGAGCUGCUCAAGGCGCUGCCAUCGCAGGAGGUGAGGCACGGGCACCUGGUGAAUGAGGAGGGAGGUGAUUGUGAGGCAAGAGCAAGGGCAAGCACGGGCACGGGCAUGGGUGACCUGCUGGAUGAGCUGCUCAAGGCGCUGCCAUCGCAGGAGGUGAGGCACGGGCACCUGGUGAAUGAGGAGGGAGGUGAUUGUGAGGCAAGAGCAAGGGCAAGCACGGGCACGGGCAUGGGUGACCUGCUGGAUGAGCUGCUCAAGGCGCUGCCAUCGCAGGAGGUGAGGCACGGGCACCUGGUGAAUGAGGAGGGAGGUGAUUGUGAGGCAAGAGCAAGGGCAAGCACGGGCACGGGCAUGGGUGACCUGCUGGAUGAGCUGCUCAAGGCGCUGCCAUCGCAGGAGGUGAGGCACGGGCACCUGGUGAAUGAGGAGGGAGGUGAUUGUGAGGCAAGAGCAAGGGCAAGCACGGGCACGGGCAUGGGUGACCUGCUGGAUGAGCUGCUCAAGGCGCUGCCAUCGCAGGAGGUGAGGCACGGGCACCUGGUGAAUGAGGAGGGAGGUGAUUGUGAGGCAAGAGCAAGGGCAAGCACGGGCACGGGCAUGGGUGACCUGCUGGAUGAGCUGCUCAAGGCGCUGCCAUCGCAGGAGGUGAGGCACGGGCACCUGGUGAAUGAGGAGGGAGGUGAUUGUGAGGCAAGAGCAAGGGCAAGCACGGGCACGGGCAUGGGUGACCUGCUGGAUGAGCUGCUCAAGGCGCUGCCAUCGCAGGAGGUGAGGCACGGGCACCUGGUGAAUGAGGAGGGAGGUGAUUGUGAGGCAAGAGCAAGGGCAAGCACGGGCACGGGCAUGGGUGACCUGCUGGAUGAGCUGCUCAAGGCGCUGCCAUCGCAGGAGGUGAGGCACGGGCACCUGGUGAAUGAGGAGGGAGGUGAUUGUGAGGCAAGAGCAAGGGCAAGCACGGGCACGGGCAUGGGUGACCUGCUGGAUGAGCUGCUCAAGGCGCUGCCAUCGCAGGAGGAGGUGAGGCGGGGCGAGGAGGGUGAUGAGGGAAGAACGGAGGUGAAAGGUGUUGAUGAGUUAUUGGCGAUGCGGAAGUGGGUGGAACCUGAGUCGUCCACUUCCCUCUCCACCAUCACCGGCAGCGACACUGCUGCUACCACACAGGUUGGUGGAUGCUGGGUUGCUGCUUGCUCAUUCACUCCCAACGCAUUCGCUCCCACCUCUCUCUUUUCCACCAUCACCACCAGCAAAGUCUCUACUGCUGGAAUUCAGCUUGGCCGAGUGUCUCUGGCAAUAGUGGGGAGGCCCAACGUGGGCAAGAGCAGCAUCGUGAAUGCGCUGCUGGGGGAGGAGAGGACCAUCGUGAGCCCUGUCAGCGGCACCACCAGAGAUGCCAUCGACAGCAAAUUCACUGGACCGGACGGACAGGGGUCCAGGGGUGGUCUCUCCCCUUUGAUGUCUCUCCCUGUCAAGGAAAGCGUGAGUGCAGUGGUGGUCCUUACUUUUCUCACCCCCCCUCCGCUUGCAGAGUACACACUCAUUGAUACGGCAGGGGUGCGCAGGAGAGCAGCGGUGGCAGCAGGCAGCAGGGCGGAGGGGCUGUCGGUGAAUCGGGCGCUGAGGGCAAUCAGGCGGGCGGACGUGGUGGGGCUUGUUGUUGAUGCCAUGCUGUGUGUCACAGAGCAGGUGCGUGUUGGGGUAGGGAUUGCAGUAGCAGGUGCGUUUAACCU